AUUUACAAUUAGACCCUCUAUCCGACCUGAUUAGUUUAAGUAAUAUUUUAUUUACUUCGGAUUUUAGGCAGAUCAAAUUUUGGUUAAAAAAAUUAAUCUGCAAAUGGAUUGACGAUCCAUCCUUAGCUUAAUUCUGUGUAUCUAAUAAACAACAAUGAAUAAUCAUCAUCUACACUGAGAGAUGGACCACUGAGUGGGGACGAGAACGUUGAAUGCUGAUGGAUACUGACUGUUCACUCCAUUCAUUGUGGCAACGAUAAGUGAGGUGAUCAUGAUGGCUUUCAAGAUGUUCAGUGGAUUAUCUUGACUCCAGAAACAUACAUGAGCUUUAUUUUUAAUCUUUGGGACAAAUCAUAGCCGUGGCAGACCUAACACGGUCCACCAAAAGACACACAAAAGAUAAUGUUCAAAGUAAAUCAUUCUUAAAUCAGUCGUGGAGUUGACCAUCUCUCUUUAAUGACUUGAUUAGAACCAGAAGAGAAAAGUGAUAUUCAGAGAUUGCAAGUUGAAUAUGCAUAGCAAUAACUUAUACUAUAUAUAUAGAUAGAUAUAGAUAUCGAUAUAGAUAUAGAUAUAGAUAGAUAAUGCUAUAGUGGGAGUAGCUGGAAAGGAAAGAGAUAUCUAUGUUAGGUAGGUAGCAUAAAGAAGGUGCCUCAAAACUUUCUUCCUAAUUCCUUUGCUAGAUGAAUGCCCCAUGAAAGCACCCAAAAGCUAUGAUAAGUUCAUCAGUGGCACUGCAUAAAAGGAGUCCUCAUGACUCUGCUAAUAAAGCACUUAGUGUGCUUAAUUAAAAAGACAUGGAGAGGCUCUCCUGCCUUCAGUGGUUACUGGUCUCGUUGGCCUUCUCUCAACUCAUUACUUCAUGCUGCCUUGCAAUUCCAACAAGAAGUGAUCAUCUGCUACACCAUCAUUGGGAGUCGAAGUUUGUUCAAAUUGGAUAAAGAAGUGUUGGUUCCUAAUGAUACUGUUCAGAUUAUGAAUGGAGAUGAAGUUUUCCAAGAAGGCAAAAGUGAAAGGAUGGAUUUUGAGAUUAAUGAUUAUCCAGGAUCAGGUGCCAAUGAUCACCAUACUCCCAAACCACCAGAGUAGAAACUAUUCUCAGUUCAAUUAAGAGUUAAAAUGCUGGUAUAGAAACUAUAGGAGCUUGAUGGCAAGAGCUGUCCUUGAAGGACAAAAAUGUGAAGGAUAUUGGAGCAUGACUAGUCUUAGUAGUCUUCCAAUUGAUGUAGCAUGACUAGGCUUUUUGACCUUAUAAGUGUAAUUAAACUUUGGGUCUUCUUCACCAUGUAGGUUUAAAUGAAUGAAAGCUAUGCAAUUCUGCUCUCAGAGCAUUUUUCUUCUUCA